CCCUCAGAGAGAGGAGAUGAGGAACAUGUCCGCCUUGCAGCUGCAGCGGGUGUCGGUACAUGAGCGGAUCAGCGCUGCCGCUGAAGACUUCCUGCUGCAGGUGGAGAAAGGAGGAGGAAAGACUCAAGUCCCGGAACUGAGAGCGAUGCUCACCGAGUGGCUCACGGCGGCGGGCGAGGAGAUCCUCGCGGGGCUUGAGGAAACCUUUUUAGAGUACGAGGACCGAGUAGAGCGGACAGAGCUGGAGAUCAGCCGCCAGAGGAGGCUGCUCGAUGCCGUGAUGCAGCCCGUAGUCCGGCUGCACAGAGCAGUGUGUCCUGCAGAUGUCCAGCAACUGAUUGUGAUUAAAGAAGAGGUUCCCUCUGAGGAGCAGCAGUGGAGCCCCCUUGUGGACCAGGAGGACCCUGAGCCCCCCCACAUUAAAGAGGAACAGGAGGAACCGUGGACCAAUCAGGAUGGACAGCAGCUUCAAGGACUGGAGGAGGCUGAUAUCAUGUUCACAUUGACUCCUGUCGCUGUGAAGAGUGAUGAAGAGAAACUUAAAUCCUGUGAGACGAAGGAGAACAGAGAGGACUGUAAAGGACCAGAACCAGCCAGGAACUCAGGUCCUGAUGGACAUUUACAACCAGGUCAAAAGACUGAAGACGCUUCUGAGACUGAAGUCAGUGAGGAUGAGUGGAUGGAGACCAGGGAAACUCAGACUGGUUUAAAUACAAGAAAUAAUAAACAGCCUCAAAGUGAUAUGGCAUGUAUGACAGAAAUAAAAAGGUUUAGUUGCUCUGAGUGUGGUAAAAGAUUUAACCAAAGGUGCCAUCUAAAUACACAUAUGAGGAUUCAUACCGGAGAGAAACCGUUUAGUUGCUCUGAAUGUGGUAAAAGAUUUAACCGAAGGGGCAGUGUAACUAGACAUAUGAGGAGUCAUACAGGAGAAAAACCGUUUAGUUGCUCUGAGUGUGGUAAAAGAUUUAACCAUAGGUGCCAUCUAAAUACACAUAUGAGGAGUCAUUCAGGAGAGAAACCGUUUAGUUGCUCUGAGUGUGGUAAAGGAUUUAUCGAAAGGGGCCAUCUAAAUAUGCAUAUGAGGAUUCAUACAGAAGAAAAACCGUUUAGUUGCCCUAAGUGUGGUAAAAGAUUUAACAAAAGGUCAAAUCUAAAUACACACAUGAGGAGUCAUACAGGAGAGAAACCGUUUAUUUGCUUUGAGUGUGGUCAAAGUUAUACCGAAAGGGGCAAUCUAAAUGAACAUAUGAGGAGUCAUACAGGAGAGAAACCCUUUAGUUGCUCUGAGUGUGGUAAAAAAUAUAGCUAUAGGAGCAGUCUAAGUAAACAUAUGAGGAGUCAUACAGGAAAGAAACCGUUUAGUUGCCCUGAGUGUGGUAAAAGAUUUAACCAAAGGGUCCAUCUAAAUAGACAUAUGAGAAGUCAUACAGGAGAGAAAUCGUUUAGUUGAUCAGAGUGUGGUAAAAGAUUUAAGAUCUGGUCCUACUGUAAAAGACAUGAGGAUUCAUCAAGGCAAGAAGUGAUUCAAAUGCAACCUUUGCAACACAAUAUUUAUUAGGAGCUAUGAGCAAAUAUUCGUAUUAUACAUAUUCAUAGUUCACUGUUUUAAAUGGGACAUAUUAUGAAAAUUCCACUUUUGUAGUGCUUCUACACGUUAAUUUGGGUAUCUGGCAUUUCUACGUCCCAAAAACUCUGGAAAAAAACAAUUCCUGAGAUUUGUUGUGGUUCCUCCAUGUCAGAAACGAGACGGGAUUACGGCCCAGCUCCCCGGCUAGCUAGGGGAGACAGUGGAGCGCCUUAGCUCACAAGAUAACGUUUGGGAGCUAACGCUGAAAGCUAGCGUUAGCUCAUCUAAGUGGCCGCAUAAACAUUCCGAUCGUCGAGGCGGAGACCCCCGGGACACCUUUAAACGUUGAGUGUGGAAGGAUGCUGCUGCUGCGCCAGCUCCAGCUCCCAUUGCUGGGCUGCGCUGGGGAUCUCGCAGCCAGGCUUCGGCCCACCUGACUCUUGUUCAAAACAAUAUAGUUGCAAGAUUGUCCUCUUCGUCUCCAGUAGCCAUAUUUCUACAGAGGUAAUGGAUAGCUAAAAAUCUGGGCGCUUCUAUCUCGUGGAGGGGGGCGCACUAAAAUCAGGUCAAUCUGAGGAGGGCUGUUUUAAAUGAUCCUUGUGGUUUUUUGACCAUAAUAUGUUACAGACAUUUCAUUAAGACCCCUAGGAACCAUAUCAACUGUGGUAAAAUAGGCAUACGAUUGGUCCUUUUAAUUGGACUAUUAACAGUUUUUAUGUCGUAAGAAAAUAUAACUCAUUCAAAUCAGUUUUUAUAAAUCUUGUUUCUACUGAUUUUUACAUAAGUUAUCUAUUUUUCAUAAAGUCCUUCAUGUCAUUUUAAGGUUAAAGGGUGUUCCUUGCACAGUAUGAAUGUGUGUUCUUAAGUAGUUCAUAUGAUUAAAUGUGUUUGUUUUAAGACAAUGUUUUCUUGGUUUGUGAGAUUCAAUGACAGUGUGUGUUCUCCUUCAUCUAUUGAAUGUGUUUCCAAGAAUAAAAGUCUCCUCUUUGUUUCUGUACGAACGGAGGCUACACUGGC